AUAAACAAUCGACGGCCGUCGCACGGACAUUACGAUUUACAUUAUUCCUUCUUACAAAGUCGCAUUGGUUUAUUAUUAAUUAUUAUAAUUUAUCCUUUAGGUACAUAUAAAUUGCGAAUAUAUUUAUUAUUGAUUGCUUAUAGUAUUUUGAUACUUUAAAAAAGUGGUUAAAUUUUAUUUUCGCAUAAUCAUUCUAAUUCUUAAUUGUUUUUGCUAAAUAUGUCAGAUUCAAGUAAUGCUCACAAACUCGAAGAACUCAGCAAAAUGAAAGUAAGAAUAUUGAUGUAAUUAAUACGAAAUAAUUAAUAAAGUACAUAUUAGUGUAACGAUUUUUUACGUUUCAACAUAAAUUGCUGUCGUUCUAAAUAUUUUUACUAUUAUUUUGUUAUAACUUUAUUGUGAGUAUUUUUCUAUGUAGUCUGAUUAUUUUUUGAAAUAUGUAUAUCAAGUAUUUAUUCGUGUACAUAGGGUUGAUAAUUUUGAUAUGGUACUUGUUCAAAGGAAAUGUAUGUAUAUUAUAUUAUGAACAGUAGGUAUCGAAACUAAUUUUAUAAUUGUGUAUUUUACAAUGUAACAAAAUAUACAUUAUUUAUUUACUUAAUUUGUUAAUUAUAAGUUUAAAUAUAUUCAGUUUAAUUUUUUCAUAGGUAUAUAAUAUUUAUGUCAGCAUAAGCAACUAUCAAUACAUUUUUAUUUUAACUUGCAAGUGUAAUAAUGGAUUCAUAAUAUAAUGAUUUCACUCGUACUUAGCCAUUUUUCAGAUCUUGUUUUAAUAGCAAAUUCUUUAUUGACUUUUAAAGUACUUCUUUUUAUAAACUAAUCUUUUUUUUAAAAUUUAUUGUUAAUAGGUCAAUGAUUUGAAGAAGGAAUUAAAGUCAAAAGGUUUAAGUACAGUUGGCAACAAACAGGAGCUUAUAGAUCGUAUUAUUAAUCAUUCAGAUUCUUCAGGUUUGUUUGGCAUUAAAAAUUUAUACAAGGUGUAGAAAACCAACAAAAAUUCAGUUUUAGAUAUUGAGGACACAGUGCUGGAUGAGCACAAUAUCCUAGAUGAAGACUUAGAGGUAUUUAUUACUAUUAGUACCCAUUUUUAUUUAUUUAUUCAUUUUAACUUCAUUUAUAAUUAAGGAUGACUUCGAUGACUCUGACAUUGAUGAAUCAAAGGUUCUAGGAGAUAUUGCAGAAAAAGAAGAUCACAACGUUGGAAAUGGCAUUAUUCAUGAAGAAAAAGAAGUUAAACAGGUAUUUUAAUAGUUGUAUUUUAAACCAGACACAUGUCCAGGAUUAUCAUGGUCAAAGCACUAAGGUUCAGAAUUUAUUUAUAUAACAAGAGUGCAUACACACAGGGUGGGAUAUGGGAAAAGUAAAUAUCUAUAGUUCAAAAUUUAAAAAAUAAUAUUUUUUCUAUUAUAAUAUUUAAAUAUUUAUAAAAUGCGUAAGUAUAUAGAAGAUAUAUGUCAUGUUAAGAACAAUGCUAAUGGAGAAUCAAUGGUACGGAGAUACAAAAAAAUAGAGACUUUAGGUAGUAUUAUGUAAAAAUUAAAUGUUUUCCAAAAGUAGAUGAAAAUGGUUAAUGUAUCAAAAUCUACCUUACCAUAAAACUUGCUUAAAUUCGGUUUAAGAGUAUAAAGUGCCUAUUAUAAAAUUAAAAGAGAAAAAUAUUUCGUAAGGUAAGACAAUGAGUUUAUUUAUAAAUUCAUUUUUUGAAAUGUUACAGUCAUUUAGGAACGAUAAAUUUAUUCAAUUCCUAAAUGAAAUAUUGAACGUUUUAUCCAGAAUAAUAGGAAAAUUGCUUUGUCUUGCCCUCCAAAAUAUUGUCCUCCUUUAAUUUUAUAUGUGAUUUUACUUUAAAACCAAAAUUAAAAGAGUUCUUCUCAGUCUGUGUAAUGUAGCUUUUGCUAUAUUGUUCAUUGGUUGGAUUAAGAGUGGGUAAAGCGUCUUCUUAAUUACAUAAUGAGUUAAAAUAUUAAAUAAAAUACAUUUUUAACAUUAAGUUAAAAUCAGUUCUGGAUCCUGAUCCUACUCCACCAUAAAAAAUUGUUUGUAUGUUAAUGAUAACAUCUAGAUAAAAAAUUGAGUUUAAAUCAACAAUUAGAACUAAAAUUUAAAAUCUGAAAUUAUCAAAACAGAUUUGUAAAAAUACAUAUAUUAUUAUUAAUAUAUCAUAUUAUAUAAGAUAAAGCCAAUUGAGAUAAUAUUGUAUUUAUUAUAAUUUAUCACAUAUCUGUACUAAAAAGUAUUUUAUACUUUAUUAUUUUGUAUACACCAAAUGUAUAUAUUUUUAAUGUUAUUUGAGUUAAACACAUGUAUUUAGUUAAAAAAAUAAUGAAAACUGAUUAAUUUAAGAAUUUUAUGACGUUAAGGUAAUACAACCUAAAAAAGUGACACUUAAACGUACUUCUGUAACUGUAAUAAACGGUGAUGAUAAUAUUAAGCCACAAGAAGAAGAGAAAAAAAAUGAAGAAAUCGAAGAAUUGGACAUUAAGGAUCGUGUGAUUAAGUUAGAUGAUGUCGAAACUAUGAGUCAAACUGAGGUAAAAUGUUUGAAUAUUCUUCUUGAAUAAUCAAUUUCAAAAAUUGACUUCAAUUUUAGAGAAUACAAAUGAGAGCAAAGAAAUUUGGAAAUGAUGUGUCAGAGGAUAAAAAAUUGGCCCGGCUAAUUAAAUUUGGUGCCAUAACUGAUCAAGUAUGUAAAAUUAACAAUAUUUUAAAACCAUUUACUCAAACUAUAGCCUGUCCUACGAAAGAGCAUGCCGGAUCUGCGCAUCGUUUAUCAUCGACCAGUUCAUCGUAUUCCCUCCGUCCAUUCAAAUUUCAUCGUUGACAACGGUGGCAUGCACAAAGCCAACCAAUUUAGUUAUCCUACGGCAUGCUAUCUCGUGGGACUAGUAUAGUAAUAUUAGUAUUUAUAAUCAAAGACUACUAUAAUACUAUGCAUGUAUACUUAUUUUAAAAUAUUAUAUUGCUAGAACUGUGAAUUUGUAUGAAAGUCCAUUUGCUUAGUAGAUUGUAAAACGUAGCAUCCUUGGCAUCAAGUUUGAAUUGUGUAACAACAAACCAAACUACUGUGUAACUAAAAAAAUGCAACUACUGUGAAACUUGCAUUUUUUUUACUUUAAAUAUUUUAGUCGUUUAAAGGCAUUUUUCCAUUUACACUAUUUUUAUCUAAUUCUGUAAAUUAUCAUCUUUACACACUUAUUUUUUUUUUAUUUAAUACUAACUGCAUAUACAUUAUAUUUUAUUUAAUAUCUAAGCUGUUUGUAUAAACCAUGUAGGUAUAACAUUUGGCUUGUUACAAUGUGAUAAAAUAUGUGACGGGUUAAAUUUAUUUAUAGCAUAUCUGUAGUGAAUUUGUAAAGUAAAUAUAUUAAACUAUUGUACCUGUAAUAUUAAUCUAUAAUCUUAGUAGGUCAGUAAAUUAUUAGGCAAUAUAGAAAUUGUCUUUUAGAAUCCGUUUGGUGUAUGCGAGGUUAUUGCAUACAGUAAAAUGUCCAAAUCAAUACUGACUUAAUCAUCAAAUUUGUGAAAGUAUGUCAAUGAAUAUGAUACAGAUAUUUUUUCUACUAAUGGUAAAAUAUUGUACUGCAAAAUAUGUGAACUUUUAAUGUAAAAUUUCCAGACAAAUAAAAUUAUGACAUAAAUCAGUACAUUGGAAGAAACAAGCAUAUUUAGAUGUCAGAAAAUAUCUUCAAUUUUUUAAAAAUUGUGAUUUUCUAAGCAUUUAAAAAAAAUUGGCAUGUCAAGUGCAUUUUUUUAAGGGUCUUUAUUGUAUUAAAUUCACAGCCCUAAAUAUUAUGUAUGGCAAUAUAGUAAACAUAAUUUAUGGCUAAUUAUUAUAAAUUAUCUAUUAUGUAUAUUGAUAAAUUUUAAUAGCAUUUAAAUUUAAGAAAUACCAUGUAAAAUAAAUUUAACUGUACAAAAUUAUGAUACAAUAUUAUUUUAAUGACUUUUUUUAAAAUUAGAAACCCAUAGCUAAUGCUGAUAACGAAAAAUUAAAAAUGAGAGCUGAAAGAUUUGGUGAAACAGUUUCUAAAACUUUGCAUGAUGUAAGUAUAAUAAUCAUAAUUAAGUUGAUGAUUUUUUUAUUAGGUAUUUUUAUCUAUAUUUUAUCAAUUAUUAUUUAAUAAUUUAUCAAAUUAACUAUUAUUAAUUAUAUUUAACUUGUGUGUAUUAAAAUAACUUAAAAAUGGGGUGAUAUACUACAGUGAAUAUUAAAAUAUCUUGUUUAUAAUAUUAGAAAUUGUAUUAAAAAGAUAAAUAGUUAAAUUGUUUGUUUGAGUCUAUGAUUUAAAAUUGACUUCAAACUGAUCAAAGAUUGAGUUUCCGGAGUUUAAUAUAAUUAAGGCUAAAGAAUGAAGAAGUGUAUUUAACAUGAAAACCUCUACAAAACAACAAAUAUUUUAAACAUGAUGAUAAUCAACUGUAUAUGUGUAAUUCAAAUUUUGAUCAAUACUCCACUAUUUCCAAGAAAAUGAUCCUUCAAUGGCCCUUAUUUUUAUGAAGAGAAAAUAAUUUAUUAAAUAAAAUUAAUUUUUAUUAUUGUGAUAUAAUUUGUACAAUUGAAAUUUUUCUGUUCUUAAUUUAGAGUGAAAAAGAAGAUAAACUUAAAGCUCGUGAACUCCGUUUUGGUACAAUUGAUAAAACAGUGCUAACAGCAAUUAAAAAACGUAAUAAUGGGGAUGUUGGAAGACAGAAAUUUUCUAGGGCUGUUAGAAGAAGUUUUCCAUACAAGAAACGGUAUUAAUUUUUUUUUUUGUGUGUAAUAUGUUUACAACUUGACUGUACAUUCAAUUUUUGUCUUAUAUUGAAUCCCAUUAUAUUCAACAAUAUUUCUCCUCAAAUUUUUUACCUGUAUCAAAAUCUCUUUGGUUUAAAAAUUUAUGUAUAAUAAAUUAAAUACAAGGAUUUUGUACAUUCCUUCGUUCAUAUAACACUCAUUUUGAUUAAUUUAGUUUUAU